CGUGUAAUUAUACCAUGGCGUGUCUUGUGGCGCCACUUCGUUGCACCUCCUCCCACUCCCAUCUCACGCUCUCCUUCUCAAUCUCAAAAGCUCCAAUUGGUUUUGGGGCCAAACUCUCUUCCAACGCGGCCGUUCCCACGAGUCGACUCGUCCGAAACUCGAUGAGUCAACCCGCCGCCGAAGCCAACUCGGACACCUCGAAAUCCGAGAUCCCCCCGGACGUCCUGGUUCAGUACGUGGUGCUCCGCCGUGACCUAAUCGACACGUGGCCGACGGGGAGCGUGGUCACACAGGGCUGCCAUGCCUCCGUAUCCGCCAUUUGGUUCCACAAAGACGACCCUCACACCCUCCAGUACUGCAGCCCAGAAAAUAUCGACUCUAUGCACAAGGUUACUCUUGAGGUGAAAGGAGAACCCCAGAUAUUGAACUUGUCCGAGAAGCUCACAGCUGGUGGCAUAGCACACAAGCUGUGGAUUGAACAACCCGAAAACUACCCAACUUGUCUCGCCACAAAACCUUACCCCAAAUCCGUGGUGUCGGCAUAUUUUAAAAAGUUGAAACUCUGUAAGUGAUGUGAUUAUUGAUGCCAUCAAUCCAUAGCUACGAUUAGUAUAUGAGCUCCAAGGAAAAUCCUCUCAUUUAUGAACUGAUUCUUAAAGCUUUGCAGUUUUGCUUGCCCUUUAUUUAUGUUGGGAAAGUUAGAAUACAUACAGUUGAUUAACGGUCUAAUUGUGGGGCUUUGCUAUGGGACUCUGUUUUGUGUUUUACCUUAUGAAAUUGGAAACUUGAGAGGAAAUGGGCUUUUCAAUGUUUUCUGGGGUUAGGGAAAACAGAAUUGUCUCUUAUGAGCUUUGAUAUUCAUCACUCUUUGGCCCUCGGGAUUCAGCAA